CAGAGAAUUCAACAAUGUCCUUCAUCAUCAGACGUCAAUUGUCCACUUUGAUUCCACCAAAGAUCGCCUCUGCUAAGGCCAUCGGUUCCAACCCAGCUGCUAAGAGACUGGCUUCUGUUGUUGAGUUCUACAAGACUUUGCCACAAGGUCCAGCCCCAGCCGUCAAGCCAACCGGUUUGAUUGGUCGUUACAAAGCUAAGUUCUUUGACGGUGACAACGCUACCGGUAAGCCAUUGGUUCACUUGGCUGCUUUCGUCUUGGUCUUUGGUUACUCCUUGGAGUACUACUUCCACUUGCGUCACCACAAGGACGGCGAGCACCAC